AAGCGUCAGACGGCCGCCACAGCAUCCCGGUUACGCACGGUGUCGAGGCCCCAUCGACGGAUCGCCACGCCAGAACCAGCUGAAGAGAGAGUCCAAAUAGCGGGGUAAAGGGCCGCAGACAGUAACAGUAAUGGAGAGCCUGCUGGAUAACCCAAUGAAAGCCGUUCUUUAUCUGAAGGAGCUCACUACUAUCGUGCAGAACCAGCAGAGCCUGAUCCAGACGCAGCGCCAACGCAUCGACGAACUCGAGCGGAAGGUGGAGGACCUGAUAGGGGAGAACCGGCAGUUGCGGGAUCCCCAUCAAUACGUCCACCAGCCCCCUCAACAUCAUCACCACCACCACCACCCGACCCACCGCAGCGCCAGUCCCCAGGCGCCGGCCCACCUCCAUCAGCACCCGGGGAGCAACAAAGCGGCGGCUCACCCCGGCCAGCAGGCGCAGCCGCAGCCGCCGCAGCAGAUCCCCGGUCUGUCGGCCCAGCCUCAGCAGCAUCAAACCCCUCCUGCCCCGUCCUCCCACCAUCCGCAGCAGCUGCAGCUAGUCCCCACCUCGCCGCAGUCGCCCAAAGCGGGCCAAGCCAGCCCGGACUUAGUCGAGGACGACAAGCGAAGCCCCUGCUGCAAGUCCCUGGUUCCGCAGACUCCCACCACUCUCUGCCGCUCCGUUGGACUGGCCAGGAAAACAGACAACAAAACAGUACUCCACCAGUUCUGCUGCCCGGCCCCAGAGGCUCCAGAAGGGGAGACCUCGACUGCCUGUGUCCCCAGCGAUGACCUUCCUCCAGACUCGUCUUUGGGGGAUGAGGGGAAGGGAGGUGAGGGGAAGCUGCAGUGUGAGGCCCAGCCACAGCAACAGCAACAGCAACAGCAACCACAAAAGCAACAGCAGCAACAGCAACAGCCCGAGCCACAGCAACAGCCACAGACUCAACCACAACCCCAGCUGCAGCCUGAGCCCCAAUCGCAGCCACAAACUCAGCCACAGCCCCAGCCCCCGCCCCAAACUCAGCCACAACCACAGCCACAACCACAGACUGAACCACAGCCACAGCCCCAGAAUGAAGCACAGCCCCAGCCAGAGCCUGAGCCUGAGCCCCAGCCUACGCCCCAGCCUGAGCCUCAGCCCCAAGUUGAGCUCCCGAGUGAGGAAGUGGCACAGGAUGCCCCUUCAGCUCCGACGCCUAGUGGAGGGGAGCAGGAGCAGGAGCAGGAGCAGGAGCAGGAGCAGGAGAAGGAGCAGGAGGAGGGGGAGCGGGAGAAGCAAAACUCGGAAGUGGGGGAGGCAGAGAGAAAGCAAGAGGGAGAGGAGCUGGCUGAGAGGUACCAGGGCGAGACAGCUCUGGAGGAAGAGGAGGAGGAAGGGGGAGGAGCUAAAGGAGGCGGGGCAGGGAGGCGAGCCAGUCUGCACCACACGGCCUCGCCCAUGAGGGUGCAGCGCAACGGGGCCUGCUCACACUCCGCCACCUCUGACUAUGAGCUCUCGCUCGACCUCAAAAAUAAGCAGAUCGAAAUGUUAGAGCACAAAUACGGUGGCCACCUCAUCUCCCGCCGUGCUGCCUGCAAGAUCCAGACCGCCUUCCGCCAGUACCAGCUCAGCAAGAACUUUGAGAAGAUCCGCAAUUCUCUGCUGGAGAGUCGGCUGCCUCGGCGCAUCUCCCUGCGCAAGGUCCGUGUGCAAAACACCGAGGGUUUCUCUGCUGAACGGGCCCUGGCAGAAGGCUGCAACUUGGCCGGCAUUCCACUGGUGCGCUCACCAUCUCUGCCCACCACUGUUGGUGGCACCCUGACUGACCUGGAAGACUCCUUCACCGAGCAGGUACAGUCACUGGCAAAAUCUAUUGAUGAUGCACUCAGCAACUGGAGCCUGAAGACCAUGUGCUCACUGCAAGAAGGCGGCACCUACCAGUUCAGUGCCGAGUCCUUCAGCACGGCUGCAGCAGCGGCAGCAGCCGCAGCAGCUGCAGGAGUAGGAGGCGGAGGAGAAGGAGGUGGAGUGGGAGAGUCAGCGAUUCAUCAAGGCCCGGUGGACCCAAGUGACCUGUCGAGAAGUGCUAGCAAGCUGAUGAUGGCGUUCCGGGAUGUGACGGUGCAGAUCGACAGCCAGAACUUCCGCGUCUCAUCUUCAGUCAUGGAAUCCUCCACAUCUGUUGCGCUCGGCAACUGUGUCCAGCAAGGAGGAGCCUCCAGCACUGUGACAACUACGUCCACCACAACAAACUCCACUCCAACCUCCAUCGCUCUUGCCCCCCCACAAGAACCCCCUCCUCCGCCUGCAGAAGUCCCAGCAGAACCCACAGAACCCCCUAUACCCCCACAAGAACCCCCGCCACCCCCUGAACCAGAAUCAGAGAUAGAAGGAGACGGGCUGGAUACUGACUUCCCUGCCCCGCCUCCAAGUGAAGAAGAGUUGGAGGAAGAGGAGCAGCCUCCACUAACCCCUCUGGACAAGAUGGCUUCCCCACAAGGUCCAGAGGAGGUUGUGGUGGCGGCACCUGCAAUCACAGAAGCCCUUCAGGUCCCUCCGCCACAGGAGGCUGUACCGGUGGUGAGCUCCCCUGUGGCGGAGCCCCUGGAGGUCAAGAGGAGCGGCUCGGAGACGGCUGACAACAGCUCCGAGCAGAUGAGCAGCAGCAGCACGUCCACAGAGGCACGUUCGACAUCUGAAGCCUCGUCCAAGGAGGCACUGCAGGCCAUGAUCCUCAGCCUGCCACGCUACCACUGUGAGAACCCUGCCAGCUGCAAGUCACCCACGCUGUCCACUGACGUCAUGCGAAAACGCCUCUACCGCAUUGGCCUCAACCUCUUCAAUGUAAACCCUGACAAAGGCCUUCAGUUCCUGAUCUCACGGGGCUUCAUCCCAGACACGCCCAUAGGUGUGGCCCACUUCCUGCUGCAGAGGAAAGGCCUGAGCCGGCAGAUGAUUGGAGAGUUCCUUGGCAACAGCAAGAAGCCUUUCAACAGAGAUGUCCUAGAUUGCGUGGUGGAUGAGAUGGACUUCUCAGGCAUGGAGCUGGACGAGGCGCUGAGGAAGUUCCAGGCGCACAUCCGCGUGCAGGGGGAAGCCCAGAAGGUGGAGCGUCUCAUCGAGGCCUUCAGCCAGCGCUACUGCAUGUGUAACCCGGACGUGGUGCAGCAGUUCCACAACCCGGACACCAUCUUCAUCCUGGCCUUCGCCAUCAUCUUGCUCAACACCGACAUGUACAGCCCCAACAUCAAACCCGACCGCAAGAUGUUGCUGGAGGACUUCAUACGCAACCUUCGGGGUGUGGAUGAUGGAGCAGACAUCCCCAGAGACAUGGUGGUGGGAAUCUAUGAGCGAAUACAGCUGCGGGAACUGCGCUCCAACGAGGACCACGUCACCUACGUCUCCAAAGUUGAGCAGUCCAUAGUUGGCAUGAAAACGGUUCUCUCUGUCCCUCACAGAAGGCUGGUGUGUUGUAGUCGCCUAUUUGAAGUGACGGACGUCAAUAAAGCCCAAAAACAGGCAGCCCAUCAGAGAGAAGUUUUCCUUUUCAAUGAUCUCAUUGUGAUUUUGAAGCUGUGUCCAAAGAAGAAGAGUUCUGCAGCGUACACCUUCUGCAAAGCUAUGGGCCUACUGGGCAUGCAGUUCCACUUGUUUGAAAAUGAGUACUACCCCCAUGGCAUCACCAUCCUCUCCCCCUUCGGCUCAGACAAGAAACAAGUGCUGAACUUCUGCGCCCAAAGUGCUGAAGAGCUGCUUAAGUUUGUAGAGGACCUGAAAGAAUCGAUUGCUGAGGUGUCGGAAAUGGAGCAGAUACGCAUUGAGUGGGAGCUGGAGAAGCAGCAGGGAGCCAAGACACACUCAGCAAAGAACAAUGGCACACAGCUAGAGCUGCGCGGCAAACAGGGCUCCCCUUCAGGAAACCAGGAGGCCGAUGACAGAAGCGGACACAAUGCAGUGGAGGUGUCAAUUCACAACAGGCUUCAGACGUACCAGCUCAGCAGCAGCAGCAGCAGCAGCACGGCUCGGAGCCCCGAGAGCGUGGCCCUUCUUAACCACCGUGGGGAGCCGCUUUUCCAGCAGGGGCCUCAGGGGCCACCCCAGGGGCCGGCGCCUCCUCCACAGCACCCGCAGCUGCAGUCCGUGGCGAGCACCCCCGCCCACCACCUCCACCUCCAACAGCACCACCAGCCCGCCGUUAGCAUGGCCGAUCUGCGGCCCGAGACGCUCAUCCAGUGUCAGCAGAUCGUCAAGGUCAUCGUGCUCGACAACAGCGGCCACGGCCGCGUGGAGGCCUUCCUCAGCCAGACGCCCACGCACCACCACCACUACCAGCAUCACCACCACGGCCAUCACCAGCUCAGCCAGUCGGCCAUGUCCACCCCGGUCCGAUCGCAGGACGGCUCCCAAGGCAAGGACGGCCACCAGCCCCCGCUACCCCCUCCACCCCCCCCUUACAACCACCCACACCAAUACAUCCCCCCUGACCCCCGCCUCAGCCUACAGCGGACCCCCAGUGGCUCUAGGAGCAUGGUGUAAAUAAGACUGACAUUGAUUUAGACCCUUUUCCUUGAAACACAAACACACACACACACACACACCCACACACACGCUAUUCCAUACCAACCCUAUCCCCUUCUCUAUCCAACAGUAUAUAAUGUACAUAUAUACAUACAGAAGACAGAGCUAUAAUGAAAAAAAAUGAAACCACAUCUAUAUGAAUAUAUUUAAGAUAUUAAUGAAUCAAAAAGAGAAUCAAGGUUUAAAAAGAGAUGCCGAGAAAUGAAGUGCAUAUAUAACAUUUUACUUGAUUCCACAUGUAUUUUGAAAUAUUAUGUAGUUCUAACAAAUUUCUAUAACUUUUUUGUCAGUUUUAACUCUUGCUAGAGAAAAAUCACAGAUGUUUAGUUUCUGGAUGGAUUCCUUGUAGUUCCGAUACACAACAGAACAAACACCCAAACAGAAAUACGUGAUUCCUCGAGCUUUUCAGAUUGUCUUGGUGAUGGAUGUACACCACUCCAAGGACCGCUUCUGUUCGCUUUUAUCAUCCCUAACUUCUUGCCUACUGUACUGUAUGUGUGUGUGCGUGCAUAGUUGACACUUACUGAAAAUGUGUGUGCCAAAAUACGUAAGCCUCCACUAAAAACGGACUACUUUGCACUUGACUAAACGCUAGGGCUAGAAGAAAAGAAUUAAAAAAAAAAAAAGAACAAAAAAACACUCUUCUGCUUUCAGAAAACGGUCCUUUCGCGCCUCUCCCUCAAGGAGCACAAAAAAAAAAAAAAAACGAUAAACAGAACCCUGAUAUUUCUGCGAAACCUGUCUCCUUGUUUGCGCUGUUGCUGAUUUAUUUACUUGAUGGAGAGCUUUCUCUUGUCCUCUCUGCUCUGGAAAAAAAAAAAGGACAUCCUCCGAUAAGCUGUGUUUGUCAUCCGCUCCUCUGUUGUGUUGUUGCUCUCUCUCUCUCUAUCAUCAGAAAACACUCUCUCCCAGUUGUCACUCUCCAUUGAUCAUCCUACAGUGAAGGAAUGAUGGGAAACAAAGGCAACCAAUCAUGCGGCUUCCUGCCAAACCAAAAAGCCAACGACAGCCCAGGAUAGCGCCGAUGAUUGCUGUUACUUUUCGUUUGCGUCAUAUUUGAUAUUGCCUAUGCUGCUCAUCAGUUCUUGCCUCCUUUAUCUGAUGAUGGAAUGAUAGUUUUUGAUAUUGAAGUCACAUUUUCAGGACUAUUGAAAUCGCUAUUGGGAAUUUACUCUUAUAACACAUUUUGACAUCCUUAAAUUAUUCCAUUUGGUUCCAUAUUGGCCUAUAUAUGUGUAACACGCGAUAUUGUUAUUUGUGUUCCCACAGACAAAGCGACAUGUCCUUUUUUCACAUUUUCAGGGGAAUUUCCACGGAGAUGUUAACGGCAUGGUUGUUUGAUAUCAAAAUGUGUAUGUUUAUUAUUCUCAUUCAUGCAUUCCGACUUUGUGUGAUUUCCUCUUGUGGAGCGAUGUCGGACCGCGCGCCGGUCGUACAAAACACUCCUGUGUCUCAUGUCUGUUCAGCUCCCUGAUACACUCUCUGCUCCUUGACACCACUUUCCCCUCCCACGUAACCUUUUAAUCUGACAUUUUCCAAAAGGCAAAAACAACCUAAAACACAUUUGCUGACCUCAGAGAUAUACACACACACACGCACGCACACGCAGCUCACAUUGCAAGCGCUGGCAUCAGUGGCAUUGUUUGUGCUGUCGGCUUGGCUGCUUUAAAUAAGAAUGGGACAAAGAGACUGCAUUAUUUGACCUCUUGCUCUUCACUCCAGCCUAGAUCACAUAAAUAUCACAUUCAAGCUGUGCUGGAAAGGACAAGCAAGCUACCUUUAGCCCCUUCGAAAUGCUGUUGCCCUGCCAUGCGUCCUUCACUCUGAAAUAGGUCAGCGACUGCCCCAGUCUGAAAGCGUCCAUCUUUUAAACAUAAGCCCCACCAGGCGCCGCGGAAUGGAUGCUCGGUUAACCCUGCCUCCCUUAUCUCUCUGAUUUGUUGAUUUAUAAUCACAGAGCCACUGUUGGGAGGUCCCUAUCUCAUCUUUCUGUCCUUUCCCACCUAUUAUGUUUUCACCAAACGGAAAGAGGGGGGAAAAAAGCCAAUCUGUUGUGCAGUGCUGGCAGAGGUUGAGUGUGUGUAUCUGUGCGUGUGUGUGUUUGCGUGUGUGUGUGUGUGUGUGACCUGCCCACAGAAGCAUCCUGAUCUCUCGGUGAACAGGGGGAUCUUGAUCUCACUCUUCACUUCUCUUUCUUCACAGAAUACUGACCCAAGUAAUUGCUUUUGUUAUUAUUUCAUCAAUCAGAGGCGGAUCAAUCCUUCCAAAAUGAAUCAGGAGCAAUUAUAAUUUACUGGCUGUAAAAAUGUAAAACGUUUGAAGGUGGUCUCAUGAAUUCCAUGCAUAUUGGAUCAAAAGUAUGUAUUUUACAUUGUAUGGUUGCUAAGGAGACGAUUUCUUUGUUUUUAGUUAUGUAUGUAUUUGGUUAUUCAUUUAUUUAUUCAUUUGAAACCAACAUUUAGGAAUAAUGUGAUUCUUUUCUCAUGCAUGACAUCGAUUUAUCUAUCGGAGGCCUAAUGAACUGUGAUUCCCCAGAGUCUUGAGGUUUUUCGUGCAUGAGUGAAUUUGCUCCGAGUGCAGUGCUGGGAGAGAAAGAUGCAUCUGUAUGUUCUCGGGUUUCUCUCACAACGCACUUUAAUGCGAGUAUCUUAUGUCUUUGUGGUAAAAGACUGCGUGUACUGGACGUUUAAAGUCAUAUCUGAUGAUAGCAAAUGCCCCCUCAGACAGAAAUGGAUAUUUGCGCAGAUGUGUUUUUAUCCCUUCCCCCGAUAUAACGCAUAGUGACAAGCCCAAGGUCUCAUAUGUGGCCAUUCUCAUCUUCUUGUCUUUCACUGGCCUCUGCUUAUGGUUGCACAGUGUUUUCCUAGUUGAUAACAUGUAACAAGCUCUUUGGGAUAGAUUUGCUGUGUGCGCAAUAAAUAUGAAUAUGCGAUCACAUUGAAAGGUUUAUGUUUGAUAGAAAAGCAAUGUAGCAUUUUGGGAGUGCAGCAUAUGAGUAUGGGAGCGCGGUGGCACUGGCUAACCUUAGAGAUACUGACAAAAGGGCUCUGCCAUGCCAGUGUACUGCUUCAUCUAUGAAUUGUGAAACUCCUCUUUUGAGUCUUAAGCACUGUGUUUGUUCAUAUUAGUAAAAAAGAGAUAAAAAAAAAUAACAAGAGGACAUAUUUAAGGUAGACAGGUGGAAACUGAGCAUUAUAGAUUUAUGAACAUCACCUCACCUCCCUCAGUUGGCUUUGAAUUUCUCUCUACCUGUCUUUGCAGUAUAUCAACAUGCUAUUAAAGAUGAUUUCAGUCUAUUCA